UUACCGUCCCCGGUCUCCCCUCAACACGUUUCCCUUGACGUAGACCGACUCAACCGAGGACGGAAAGGACAAACCCGUUCAGUCCAUCCCGCCGGUUCGGUGUCCCUCCCUACGGAUACACCCCCACCCCCCCUAGAAUGAGGAUCUCGUCCCCGAGCUUCAUGGGGACCUCCCUCCUCACGGUCCUCGCGGGGUCCGGGCCCGCCCUCGCAACGGUCCCCAUCCUAACAGAGGUCUCCCUAAAAGGCUGCGCCGACGUCGCCUGUCCGCCCGGCGCCGUCGACGACCUCGUCGGCGAGUCAAACUGCACCCUCGCCGGCUCCGUCCUCCGCCGCGUCGGCAUCGCCCCGGAAGUCCUCGACAUACCCAUAGACGACAACAACACCACCGACAUCCGCAAGCUCUCCCUCACCGUCGCCACCCUCGCAAACUCCCCCGCGCCGCCAAACUCCCCCAACUGGAUGAAGAAGCAGCUCUACACGCAGUCCUACUACCUCGGCGCCCCCGCGGGCCUGAAUCUCUCGUCGGAGAGCUAUCCAAAGGGAUGUGCCCUCAUCUUCCAGCACAUGUUCCAGACCCUACCCACCCCACACGAGGUGCCCGACCUCGAUACCACAGACUGCAGUUCCUGGCUACAGCAGUCCUGCAUGGACGAGAUCACGGGCUACGUAGACGACUUCCGCGCCGCGCACUCCAAAGACGAGACGCUCCCCCGGUGCCAGGAAAUCGCAAUGUACCUCGAGGAGCGGACGCGCACAGAUAAAGACUUCCACUGCAACCUCGUCGCCGGCGCCGUCAACAUCACCGGCGUAGACGUCAUCGGGCCCGACGCCCCCACCGUGCUGGCGCAGGACGCGGGCGACGCGGAUGAUAACAAUGACUGUCACCCUACGCUGCCGCAGGCGUACGACAUGUUCAAGCUCACCGACGUUGAGCUGAUUCUCGACGGGGACGGGAGCACGACGAAGCCGACGGGUGGGUUGAACGGGUAUACGCCCGUCAUGAGCGUCUUGUUUGAUAAGCUCUUGUAUUCGCAGUGGAUCUGCAUGAAGACGAUGAGUGAGUAUGACCAGGAGAACGCGAGUGCGAGAACGAGUACGCCUGUGAUGGCGGGGCUUGUUAUGGGGUUUGCAACCUUGUUAGCAAUCAUGAUGCUAUGAACAAAACAACACAAAACAUGGCGAGCGAGAGACAGAGAGUGUGUGGAGAGCGACAUUGAGAUUACGAGGGAAAACAGGACUGGCCCGGAUAGUUUAUGACUUUACGCAAUAUAUACCCCAAUGAA